AUGCCACCGCAGGCCGGGGACCAGAAGACUCCGGAGGAGCCCCACCGACGGAGGCCUAAGGAUGUACAGGUCAAGACGGCGUGGGUCGCCGCCAUCGGCGACAACGACCAGGAGAUGCGGCUCGAGCUGCGGCUGCCCGCCUACAUGGUGCCCGUCGCGAUCUACCGCGUGCCGAGCGCGCGCGCGGUGCCUGCUACCGGCACCACCACGGGACUGAGCCCACACUGGGAUAAGGAGGGCGGCUUCGGCAGCCUCUCGGAGCACCAGACGGCCGCCGUCGCCGACGCGUGGCGCGAAGUGCUGCAGAUGCCGCUGCCGGACCUAUCGCCGGGCACCUCCUUCUUCGACCUCGGCGGCUCGCUGCAGGCCGUGCAGCUGGCCAAGCUGCUCAACGAGCUGGACGGGCGCGCCAAGGAGGAGGCGCCAGUCACGAUCGCGCGGCUGCUCGCCGAGCCGUCGCUCGCCGGCAUGGCGCGGGUGACGUUUGCCGCCUCCGCGGCGGAGGCGGCGGUGGCGGACUGCUGGCGGGAGGUGCUGGGGAUGCCCCUCCCGAACCUCGUCUCGACGACCUCCUUCUUCGACCUGGGGGGCUCGCUGCAAGCCGUGCAGCUCGCCAAGCUGCUCUCCGGCCUCGAGGGCCGCCCAACCAAGGAGCCAUUCCUGUGGCUCUUGAUCCCGACAGAGCCGUCAGGCCGCACGGCGCAGCAGGCGCUCUCCGAGUACGAAGUCAUGAACGGAGUAGUUAGUGAACGCGCCACUGGCCACGUGGGCGCGUACAUCCUCCACGCGCUCGCGCACUCGGCCGCCGUCGGCGCGGUCGUGUGCCUCGUGCGCGCAAAGGACCCUGACUCGGGCCUCGGCCGCCUCCGCGACGCGUGGGCGAAGCGCAAGCUGCUGCGGGCCGAGCGCGCGGACGGCGCCCUCUUCGACGCGAAGGUGUCGUGCGUGUGCGGCGAGGUGAGCAAGCCGCUGCUCGGCCUGAGCGAGGCGGCCUUCCACGGGCUUGGCCGAAGGACCGACUUCAUCAUCCACGUCGCCGCCGAGGUGAACAUGGUCAAGCCGCCGCAGGCCCUCGCCGCCUCAAAUGUGGGAGGCACCGCCACCGUGCUGCACCUCGCUGCUCUCGCCGGCGCGCCAGUCGCCUUCACCUCGACGAUGCUGCCGCUCGGCGACACGGCGCCGUCCGGCUACCGCCAGACCAA